AUGCUGGAGUGCGUCGUCGAGUCGGUUUAUGUGCGGUACAGGCGUAAAGGCCUGGGCGGCUGGUCGCCUGUUCCGGACAAACACGGCCACGAGGAAGACCAAGACAUGCUGAUAACAGAUUCACCAAUGAAGUCGAAAUGCAUGCCGAAGCAGGAUGCGCUGGAGGUUUUCGAAGAGCGGAGCCCCAGCAGGCCGAGCAGCCCUUCUUCGGACCGGCAGAACGGGGCGGUGAAGCUCUUCGUCGGGCAGAUUCCGAGGCACCUGAACGAAGAACACCUCAGGCCCAUGUUCGAAGAGUUCGGCCCGAUUUACGAGUUCGCCGUGCUCAAGGACAAGUUCACAGGGAUGCACAAAGGUCAGUGA